AUGUUUAAUUCCAAGGUUUAUAGUGAUAGUGAAAAUCAAAAUAUAGUGGAAUGUAAUAGCGAUGAGCAUAUUUACGAGAAUGUAACGACUCGAUAUAAUAAGUAUGGAAUAUUGAAUGGAAUUCUCAGUGGAUUUACGUCGAAAGCAAAAGAUUUUAAUAUAUUAACGAGAAAACGUGACAAAUACACAGAAAUAAUCAAUGAAUGUCCAUCACCAAUGAAUGAAUUUAACUUUAAUUCUUCAACUCAAUUUACUCAGUUUGAUGACGACACGUCUAUAUUCGAGAGGAAUUUUGAAUAUCAAAUGGAUUAUGAGAACUCAUAUACAAGUUGCGAGGAUGAUAACAUUUAUGAAAAUCUCGAAUUUUUUACCGAUGAGAACUUCUAUAAUAGUGCAUUAAACAACUGGAUGUUAAAUCUCACGAAGGAAGUUGAGGAAUAUGAUAGUGAAAAUAUUAUGUUUGUCAAAAGCAUUCCGAGCGUGUUUAGUGUAAAGAGAAAAUCACUUGAUUAUCAUCGUAAACUCAACAGGAAUCAAAUAACAUUGAAUUUUCUCAAAAUCCUUUGGAAUCGAGAGAAUAAUGUUGAUAUAAUGAGCUUAUUACUGCAAACAUUUUCAAACCUACUGAGAGAUCAAAAUAAACAGUCAUCGACUAAAUGUAAUAGCACAGAUUGCUCAUCAUUUGUGACUAAAAUAUCGUCGGAAAAGGUUUCGUUGAAAAAGCUUAAAAAAUCGAAAAAGAAAAUUGAUAAAAGAAUUAUUUAUCAACAAAAGUUUGAGAAUGUUAUCUUAUCUUCGUCAUUAAAUAUAUUAGUGAUAACUUACAAUAAGUCUCAAAAGUUUUACUUUUUACUCGCCUAUAGUGAAAUACUCUUCAAACUGCCAACAGGUGUCAAACUAAACCAAAUUAUUUGUGCCAUAAAAAAUAACUAUAAAUUUAAUUUCCGAACAAAUUUUGAGGAAGUAGAAUUCUUCAAAUAUUUACGACGAUUGUUGAAUCACAAACUCAAACAGAUACGAAUAAAAGCAGAACAAUUGAGCAAUAAUAAUAACGACGAGGAGGAGGCAAUAGAAAAUAAUAGCGAAAAUAUUUAUCAGCAAAUUUGGACGUGUCAAUCAAUAUCAAAUGAUGAUGAUAAGCCAGUUAUAAUUAAUAGUGAAAACAUAUAUUCAUCAUUGGAUUAUGCACGCGUCGAUGAUGAUAGUGAGUGGGAGGUAGAUCAUGAAUUUUCAUUUAUGAAUGCUAAAGUUCUUAUGACUGAUGAUAAAAUGAUGAAUCAAAGUUUUUACAAGACUAUCUGGGUUUAUUAUAACGAAGAGAAUCCUGACUAUAAUAGAAUAUUUUAUGACUCGUUGGAUACAGAUUCAAUUCAUUCUCUUAAAAAAGAAGACAUAAAGCGAAAUGAUAUCAUAGAAGAAGAGAGUAUAUACAGUGAUGCUAUAAGUUUAUCCAAUGACGUCGUCGAAGAGGAUUUAUUGAGUGAAGUUUAUCGUAAUUUACCAAAUGACGUAAAGAGAUGUGAAAUUACUCAGAGUCUGUCUGAGUCUGUGGACGCAUGGAAAGUUUUAAUUCGAGCCCCAAACUACUGUGAAGACGAAGAAGACUUUUUCGUCAAUGAAUCGAUCCUAAGUUCAAACUUUUCAUAUUAUGUCGAUGCUGAAGAUGAAAGCAACAAGAGUGUCAAUGCUCACAGUUCAAACUUUUCUCUACAAUUAGAUGAUUCGCUUCCUCAAAGUAAACCUUUAAGACAAGAGAGCUAUAGAAGUCUUACUGAAGAAUUUGAAGCUAUAGAAAAACCCACAAACUCGCCAAAACCAAGCAGAGAAAGAGGAUUUCGCGAUAAAGUAAAGUCAAAGCUAAAGAUUAAGUCUGGUAAAGCAGAAAUCAGCAAAACAUCCUUAGAGUCCUUAUCAUCAAUCCACGAAGACGAAUUUGUUAUCUUUGGAGGAAAUCUUGAGAAAGUCGAGAAAGACAAGUAUCAUAAAGAUGUGCCAAAGAUUAUCGUUGAUUGUGUAAGCAUUUUAGAAUUAGACGUAAAUAUCAAGACUCCAGGCAUUUAUAGAAUAUCCGGAAAUAAAAACACAAUCGAUGCAAUAAAGAAAAAGUUCAACGAGAAAAAGCAAUCAAAAAGGGAAUCACGACAUGCAAUGCUACAAGAUCAAGAUGUACACACAUUAACCGGAUUAUUAAAAAUGUUUUUCCGCGAACUAAAACCUCCGCUGAUGACAAAGCAAAUAUUUACACAGUGUACUUCAGAGAAACGUUCAGCAAAUCAAAUGUGGAAAAUAAUAAGAGAGAUUCCGAGUCAAAAUUAUGCUACAUUAAAGUAUUUAUUUAGGCAUUUUAAGAUUGUAGAAAAAUAUCAAGAUGAGAAUCUAAUGAAUUCUGGCAAUUUAGCGAUAUGCUUAGGAUUAUGCCUAUUUUCAAAUAGCUUUGGGGAAGUUCCCAAUCCUUUCGAUAAUGAUAUAUCAAAGUGCAAUAUGCUUUGUAAAUUUUUGAUUGACAAUUAUUAUGACGUUUUUGAAUGUUUUGAAGAGGCGAGAUAG